AUGAGUAUCCAGGAAGCAAGUACACAGCCUGAAGUUACCACAGCAAUGGCUGAAGCAUCAGCUCCACCUCUUUCCCCAUCAGACUACGGAUCAUUGUCUCCGCCUCCUGAACUGUGUGCAUCAUGUGGCCACAGUCAUCAGCUGGAAGAGAACCAUGAGUACCUCUACAAGGAUGAAGUGGAUGAUGACCUCAUCUGUCAUAUCUGUCUGCAGCCACUCAUCAGGCCUCUGGACACGCCCUGUGGACAUACUUACUGCCAAGAGUGUCUCACCAGCUUCCUGCUGGAGAGCGACUUCUGUCCUGUGUGCCGUGAGCCCCUUAUGCUGCAGAGCUGCAGGAAACCCAGCCUGCUGGUGCACAAGCUGCUGGACAAGUUGAUGGUGGCUUGUCCCUUCACUGACCAAUGCACUGAAACAAUGCCCCGUGGAGAAAUGGAGGACCACAUCAAGUUCAGGUGUAAAGGAGCCUCUCACUAUGGGCUCUCAGCAGAGAGAAAACGACGCUCGCAGGAGGGCGAAUGCACCGACAGCACUUCAGAACUCACCAUUGCCACCCUGCCCGGUGAUGGCCCCACUUCUGCUGCUGUGGCCCUCCUGUCAGAUGAACCGGGGCUGGUCAACCCCGCCUUUGAUCCCAGCAUGGAGGACAACAGCCAGUCGGGCAGCACGACUAGCCUGGCUGCUCGCAGCACCACCAAGAAGAUCAGAAACUUUGACCGCUCUUCAGUGAGGAGUCGCUCCUUCAGGAGGUUAAACAGGGCCUUCAGUGUCUUGAGGAGGACCAAGAGUGGCAACGCUGUCAGCAAUGAGACAUCUGAGGAAAGAGACAAUGCCAGAAAUUCCAGUGUGCCGCAGGAAGUGGUGGCUCUUCCUCAGCUCCAUCACCUGAUCCCUGAUGGUGAAGUUACCAGUAUUAAGAUCACGCGGGUGGAACCCUCAGAGCCACUGGCCAUCAGCAUCGUUGGUGGCAAUGAAACCCCUUUGGUCCGCAUUCUUAUCCAGGAUAUCUACAGAGAAGGCGUCAUUGCUCGGGAUGGACGCUUGCUGCCUGGGGACAUGAUCCUGAAGGUAAAUGGCAUUGACAUUAGCAACGUACCCCACUGCUUUGCUGUGACCACCCUCAAACAGCCCUGCCAACUCCUCCGGCUAACUGUGCUCAGAGAACAGCGCCAUCGCUACCGCUCACAUUCGCAUGGCUACCCACAUGGCCAUGGCCAUGAUGUUACCGGAGGCCACCCAUCUCACGGCCUACCCCAUCAUCCCUUGAGAGAUGACAGCAUCCAUGUGGUCCUGAAUAAAAGUACUCCAGAGGAACAGCUGGGCAUUAAGCUGGUGAGGCGGCCAGAGGAGCAUGGAGUCUAUAUCUUUCAUCUGCUGGAGGGUGGACUGGCUGCACGUGAUGGGCAGCUGUGUGUUGGCGACCGCGUGCUGGCCAUCAAUGGGCACGAUCUACGUUAUGGAGCACCAGAGCAUGCUGCUCUACUUAUUCAGGCAAGUGAAGAGCGCGUCCAUUUCAUAGUGUCUCGUCAGAUCUGCCUGCCCACCCCAGACAUCCUACAAGAAGCUCCGUGGGGCAUGGAUGGUCCCCCACCAUAUUCCCCUGUGGAUAUAGAACAAACACUGCUGGACUCUUGUCAGAAGCCUGCAUGCUAUGAGAAGACAGUCAUUCUAAAUAAGGAGCCGCAUGACUCCCUGGGUAUGACGGUGGCGGGUGGCAUGUCCAGCCGAGGGUGGGACCUCCCCAUCUAUGUCACAAAUGUGGACGCUGACGGAGUGGUGGGACAAGAGGGCUCCAUACGUAAAGGUGACAUUUUGUUAAACGUGAACGGUGUGGAUUUGACGGGGGUCACGCGAGGUGAGGCCGUGGCCAAUUUGAAGAACACCUCCUCUCCUGUUGUGCUCAAGGUCUUGGAGAUGCGUCCUCCUGAGGAAUACCUGCAAGAAUGCACAUUGCCACCUUGUCUUACACCAUCACCCACAGAUAGCAUCAAGAGCCCGGUGCCUAAUGACGAUUACUCCCCACUGUGGGUGUCAUGGCUUCAGCUACCCAGGCAUCUGUACUGCUGCAAAGACAUCGUCCUGCGGCGGAGCACCUCGGGCAGCCUGGGCUUCAGUAUUGUGGGAGGACAGGAGGAGGUCAACUGCAAUCAGUCCUUUUUCAUCCGCUCUAUCGUGGAGGGGACACCAGCUUACAAUGAUGGCAGGAUAAGGUGUGGGGACAUCCUGCUUGAGGUGAAUGGAAAGAGUACUUGGGGUAUGACACACACAGCACUGGUUCGCCUUCUGAAGGAGCUCCGGGGCAGAAUCACUCUGACCAUAGUCUCCUGGCCGGGCAGCCUACUGUAGCAGUGCUUUAAGCCAUCCGGCACUGUUUCGGUGGCACUAAUCAAGGAAUGUCAAAGGCAGAGCUUUAGUCUGGCUGACUACCUAAAUUUGCUGUGAGGGAGAAGCUUAGAAUAGUCGUGUAGCUGUUGGGAUACCUCACGCCUGAUGGACAGCUGUGACUUCGGCAGGAGUUUGGAGAGGGACCGACAUAAGACUGGAUUGUUACCAGAGGUUAACUUGCCCCUCAGAGAAUGCUGAACUGGGAGGAUCCAGACCUGAGGCACUUUUAACUAAGAUGUUGGGUGUUAUCAGUUUAGAGGACGUGGUCAUUCUCUGGCGUCGAGUGGGAGGAUUGAGAGGAGACACAAAAUGUUGCCAAUUCCAGUAGUUAUAUAUUAGGAUAUGCGUUAAGUUGGACUCACAUUUCUCUACUGUAAAUGUUGGGUGUCUAAAAAAGAUCCAAGCACUUGUAAUAUGUUUAUUUUGUUUGUUUGUUGUAUGGCCUUUUAAUGUAGGCUUUAUUCUGUUUGUACUGACAGUGGUUGUCAUCUUCAUCUGUUGAUCUGAAGACACGUUGCCAAGUAGUAGUCUGUGAGGUUUUUUUAUGUUAUGUCAGAAGCUAUGGCUAAAUUAUAAAACCACUGACAAAGAAAAUAUAUGAAAAAAAAGGAUUAAUGUGUUCAUAACAUGUUAAAAUAUUUAAUUAGAUAACAGUGUGGAGGCCUUACUAAUUUUCUUACAUUUAAGAAAAAACUGAAUUGGUUUCUGUGUAUCAGUAGAAGGGCUGAGGCCCAUCUACUGCAGUUCUGUCUGUCACGCUUCAGCCUGUGUAGUAUAUCUGAUGGUACAUUUGGUUAAAUGAUCAAUAAAAUCAUUUGAAAAAGA